AUGCGGACAGAGCCGUUUGCCCUCGAGGCAGCGACGGCUCCGCCCAUCGGCCUCGCGGCUACUCGCACACGCACCCAGCUCAUACACACACACAGCCACCGGCAUAACGUAGCCGUUCGCCUGUCGUUCAUCCUGAGGGAGAUGCGCGCCAUGGUGCGCGGCGUCGUCGCCCGCCACCAUCACAAGAAGGAGAAGAAGCAGCAGCAGAACGGCGGCAAAGCGCUCGUCUCCGAACCCCUCCCGCAGGCACACUCUCCACCGCCGGAGAAGCCCCAGUCGACUUCGACGACAUUCUCCGCCGUCGGCUCUCCACCCCGUCGACGUGCCUCCUCCAAACGAGUCACCUCUUCCGAUGCCUCAUCGCCUCACAACGUGCACGCCGACAUAGCCGUGUAAGUCAGAAUCAGCACUCAUGCCAUUCGUUUCUUCUCUCGUCUCGAAUUUCCAUAGCCUCCUCUCGUUCGUUUCUUCAUUUUUAGCAUUGACUGGAGCCAGUUUUUCUCCCAAUGGUAGUAACCCAAUAGGUUAGUGACCACUCCUGGCAUCUUACUUCGAAUUCCUUUGAACAUUUUGAAAGUAUUUGAUUACACCAGCGUCUUUGCCCCUUGGAUAAAAAGUAAAAUUAGGCAGUAAACGACAGACAUUGAGGCUUAAAGUUUCGAUCGAAGUUAGAUAUUUGGAGUCUCCACACAGAGAUUUUAACCGGAAUUUUUUCAAACAGAAAUUUUUGAAACCACUAUUAUUCAUUUAAUUUCAUUGUUUGCGGGAAAAGUUUACUUUUGUAUUCCAAAUUCUUAGGGAACUUUCCUUUUUCAAUCAUGAAAAUAUUCUCUUAUCCUUAGCCCAAAAGGCGUUAUUCGCUGCGAGCUUUUCGAGAGAAUUGAUGAGACAAUGUCAGGGUGUCAUGAUUCAUGGUUUUUGACCGAUGACAUGUCGGAUGACGAUCUUCUCUCACUCUUGUCAACGCAUUUUCAGCAAUAAUUUUUUCGAUCAGCUUUUUCAAAACUUUAAUAAUCGAGCAAAAAGCCUUUGGCGCAUAAAACUGAAUUUUUAGGUGAAUUUCUUACGAAUACCCAUUUUCCCAGAAUUUUGGAAGAAGUUUCGACUUUUCCAUGGGAAUUUCGGGAAACAAGGCGCUUUUGAAAAUUGAGCCGCGCUGUAUAAACUUGUCUCACGGGUCGUGCCAUCUUUGAGGCUGCUCUUUUUAAUUAUUUAUCAAAAAGGAAAUUUUCCCUCUAGAAGCGAGAAUUUUUUUCUCGAUGUUCUCAAGAUUCCACAGAAAAAAGGCUGACAAGUGGUCGCGGACGAAAUUUUCUCAGGAUUUAUGUUAUUCGUCGCAAGAUUUUUACUUUCUCUUUUUUUCCUCCAACCGCUCUAGUUAUUUUUUUUCUCUUCUUGAACAUUAGCUAUUAAAUAGGGCAAUUUUUGAUCAAAGUUUGGCAAUGAACUGUUUAUUGUGACCUCACCGAAAAUCGGAAUUUAGCUAGAAUUCUUAAUUGAAAGAUCUAUCAGACCUGAAAAAAAGAGAGAAGCAAUGAAAGUUUCAGUAGUGGUGCGACGUGUGGAUCCAAUUUUGGAGAGGACGCGAAAAUUUUAAAUAAUUCACAAGGCUUUUGUCGGACUGACCCCUCUAGUACCUGGAAGUGUUUGGAAAACAGAUUUCCUCUCUCUCUGCACACGGGAAAAAAAAUUAGCAGUCUCAAAAGUAUCUGAGAAAACUUGUGUUCGGUUGGAUCGGAAUUCUAGCGAAAGGCCAAGUAGUCCCUGUGGGGAUUGCUCUUCGACACUCGAUGACUGAAUCUGUUGGCCGAAGGCCCGAGUGACACGAAUUUCUCGGCACAACCCGCGCUAAAUUUCCAUAUUAGGCGGCUUGUUGAUUCGCAUGAAGAUUCCACUACAUCAAAUUGUACUACGACGUUUCGAUGGGGAAUGGAUAACUUGGCCCGCGAGCCUUUCUUCGGAUUUCUUCGAUUUUUCCACUACCGUUUUCAUACUAGACUAGUGCUUUUCACUACAUUGAACUCAGAUUCUCAAAAAUUUCAAGCAAUUUUUUUUUGUGAUUCAUCGAAAAAAUCCAAAAUUUGUAUACAACUUUAAUGUGUUUUUUUUUUCGAAUCAAAAAUCGAUUCAUAUAGACAUUUGAGUCGAUCAUGUACUUCACCUUAAAUCUCACGAUUAGAAAAUAAAAUUUUGGAAAACAAGAAAAAUUUUGGCCAGUUUUUCUCUGAGAAUCCCAGAAUAUAAUCAAGGAACAGCUCCAGUCCAACUUUGAGCUCACAGAAAGUUUGGGCGUCGCCGUAUCUGGACCCCCUAAACACGAGUUUGUCCAAUCAGGAGCAAACUUUCUGGGUUUUUUCUCUCCCUUUAACUCUUGCACUUCUUCUGCUUCUCGUCGUUCUUUUUGUUUCUUUAUUCCCAGAGAAAAAAUUCUUUUUUUUUUCGACUUUUUUGUCUUUGAAAAAGGAAGUAGAUUGAUUAAUUAAGUCAUCUAAUAAUCUUCAGACGUUUAAAAAAAUACUUUCAAGAAGAUGCUAUCUCGGACAUUGGUAACGCGAAACGGACGUGCUCCGGACGUUUCUGGGCGAUUUUAGGGAUCACUUAAGAGUGCUGAGGCUACUAAAGUGGUCACUAAAAAUGCCCCGACACGUCCGAUUCGCGGUCGAGAUUUUUUUCCGCACUGGAUAUUCUAGCUGGAUUACUCGGCUCAUAAUUAUUUUAAUUUAUUUGCACAAAGAACUAGGUAACAAUUAUGGAUGUUCUGCCAAACGAAUUUUGAAAAGAAGAUCAAAUUGAAGCUUGGCACCUGUCCAAACGUUUCUUCGUACUCAACCUGCAAUUACAAUGAAUCAAAAAAAGAUGAACGCUUUGCUGCGGACCACCACUUGCAAAGUGUCGAAAAGGAAACCGAAUUUCGGUCCGACUCCGGCACAGACCUUUGGUUACCAUUGUGCGCAAUUAGCGCCGGAGAAGCGGCCCGUUUCCCAAAAAGCUCCACAAAUUCGGCAAGGGCCUCGAAUUUCGCUUCGCGGCUCGUUAAACUUGGAUUUCUCUAUGUGCACAUGGGUCUCCACGGUUGCGUAUGAGUUGCAAAAAAUGGGGACUUCUUUUUUUUCCAGAAAUAUCUGCUUCCCGUUUGCCCAAAAUGUGAUGCUUUUUUUUUUCAUUGCUUCUCAUUUUCUUAGAUUUUCUCGAGAAACCAAUAGAGGAGCGUAUCUUUUGGAAGUUUUUUCUCGAGAAGGUUUUGAGUCUAAACGACCUGUUUGGCGCUUUCUCUAUCUUCUUUUUUUAUGAAACCCUUGAGUUUUUCUAUUUUUUUUUUCUAAUUUGAAGUCUCCUGAGAAGUUCGAUGGACUUUUUGAUACCUUUUCGGUUAAUUAUAUACGCUAAUUCAGACACGCUGUGUCUAUAGAUUUUUGAAAAUGUAUCAUUUUUUGAGGCUUCUGUACUUGAAAGUAAGAUCUAUUCAUGAACUUAUGGUUAUCUUUUUUUAAUCAAACUAAAUUUUAUCGAUAGGCUCAUUUCUUUUUUUACUAAACCAACAGAAAGCGAGAAAAAAUUAAGUUUGGACGGAUGUUUUGACAUAUUUGUUGAAAGAUAUUUACGCGACAGGGGCGGCAAAAUUGAAUGACUCUUAACACGCGCGCAUAGUUAAAGCGCGAAUGCUUAAAUCACCGGUUAACAAACAAGAGCUUUUGAAGUUCUAAGGAACAACCGCCUUCGACGAACUAGAAGUCCAAACGUGUAGUUGAUCAAGUUGAAAGCAUGGUCUUACCGUCCUUCGUCUCGUUCUUCCGCGCCUAGUCCAUUCAGUUGCGCCUUGAGGAUCUCAAAAUGUAGCGGAUGUUCUGCCAGAGACCAUGCUCCAGGUGGAAGCCUCAAAAUGAGAGCGAGACUUUUACGGAAUUGACACUAAAAAAAUUUUUUGGAUUCGUCCUCUACGUUUUUCCUCUUUCCUUUGUCAUCGCUUCAGAACCCAUUUCAUAUAAGCUCCGUUACAAUUGGAAAGUUUGAGAGAGUAGAAGACUUGUAUGAACUUGGAUAACACUUGAAACGGCAGAAGUGAAAUUUGUCUAUAAGUGUUCAACAGCCCCGUCCAACAUCUCAGCAAACAUUCUUGAACAGUUCCUAAAGCCUUACCUUAUCCGACGCGAGAAUGUUCUUAUUUUUCAGUUUCAUUUUUUCAAUUUUCUUUGUUACUGAACUUUCCUAACUCCCCAGUAGAAUUCUAUCGUGUGAAAUUUACCGGUAUAGAAAAUUUUGUUUUCUAAAGCUCACCAGGAAUAAUUUUAAAAAAUUCUGCAGAGCUCAUUUUUUUCUGUUAUACAUCAAAGAGAAAAAACUAAUUUUGACAUUUUGAGAGUUUUAAGUAUAACCAUGUGUUCGAAACAUAUGAAAUUUCUCAUUCUUGCACUCGAGAAAAAUCUUGAAGGUCGGAGGGCAGAAUUAUCUCUCGGUUGAGAACGACCCCCAAAGAAGCAUAGUUUUUUCGAGCACCAAAUGGGAAAACUGUAAUCAGCUACAAAAGAAUGUAUAAAAUAUACGGAGGGCAGUUAUUUAGGAUGGGAUUCAGAGGGCGGGCAGAAAGGUCCCGAAUGGCUCGUAAAUAGCCGGCCGAGUUGUUUCUGGCGGCUGCCUUUAGAAUCCCGCCGGACUCCUUGCAAAACUCUUGGCUUCCAAGCACAUGCUAAAAAUUCAACUCGGACCCAUUUGUUUACAUUUCCGAAAUGCCAAUUACGAUUUGGUCGUAGACUCAGUUUUUUUUUUCUUGCUGCAGCUUUUGCUUUUUUUUUCCUCGUCCGUUGUUUUGAAAGCAUUUUUGUACACGUCAACUUUUGCUCCGGUCUCGAACAAUUUUUUUUUCCAACUUUUGAAAGUCUUUAUUGUAUAUUUUGGAUAAAUUUCCUCAUAGGCGUGUCUCCCUUCAGAUAUAAUCUAACUCAAUGUUUUGGUAUAACGAAAAGGAGGCAGAAAGGCUAAAAAUAUUUCUCCCAUCUUCAAAACGUUCCUUAUCAUCACGCUAUUUUUGAUCUUUUCAUUUUUUGUUUUGGGGGGAAAAAUUCCAUUUUCCUGAUAAGAUUCCUUUUCCUAAUCAAAGCUGUAAUGAGCGUCAUCGAUUUGAUUUUUUUAAAGCAACCUCAUCUAAGAUAGGCACAGUCAGAAAGGGUGAAAAAAGGCCCCAUAAAAAUACUCCUUUUUGGCUGCCUUUUUGCGCCAUUUUCUCGACCCUUUUGAACCAUUUUUGCUGCCUCUCCCUUUUUCUCCACCAUUCCUUGAGCCUCUAAACUCCUAGAAAAAAUGAAAGGUUCGAUAAAGGGACCCUCUUUGCUGUCUCUCUGCAGCCUUUUUUGAGCUUCCUUCUUUUAGCGGCCAUUAUCCACCAUUCCGACUUUGCCCAAGAAUGAUCAGAAAAUGAGCAUGUUUCCUUUUUUCUCUUUCAAAUAGUACAGUUACCAAGAAUCUUAAAAUUGAAAGUUAAUCAAACUUUCAAAAAUUUAAAAGUAAACCCUUUUCACGGCUGGCUUGGGACGCGAAAACUGGGCGCCGUCUACGCUCUCUAUCAACCGGAAAAUGUUUUUUUUCGUGGCAAGACCUUUUUUUCCGAUGAGUCAAGCCAGCUGUAAAUUGCUUUAUCGAGAAAAUUGGUACUUUUAUGCCAACAGAUGCGUUGCAGGAAGGUCUGCGUGCACUGCAAGAACGACCGUUCGGACCACGAACUUCCUCCCAACCAGGCUUUUUCGGUUUACCAGCGGCUCGGCAUUCAGCCACCUCGUUAGUUUCACAUUUCUUGUUUUGAAUAAUAGUUAUACACAUUUUGAAAAGAAGAAGAGAUAUUUAAAUAAGCAAAAUAGUUGAGAAAACCGAGCUUUUAUCGAGAAAAAAGCUCCUUCCAUUUUUAAUAUGUUCAGCGGACAUGCCGAUGACUAACACGAACCGAGAACAGGAGGUGCCGGGAUCUGUGGGCCAUGGAUACUCCUGGGUUCCGCCCGGCCUGACCCGCAAAAAAGUUGGUUCCUUUUCGCUUUCUCCUAGAUGACUGUUGAAAUGAAACAAAUACAAGAUCUCGAAACUUUUGAUACAUUCAUUCCACUCCAACAAAAAAUACACGAAAUACACAAUAGAAGGUCUUAUGUUGAAUUUCCUCUAAUUGCGGGCAGGGCUGUGCGAGGGCCGGCCCGUCAACUUAUUGCCCCAUUUUCUACGGGAAAAAAGUGUUUUUUUUUGAAACUUAUUUUUUCACAUAGAGUUUAAUAGAAACUACGAUUUAACAAGUAAAAAAAUAAAUUUGCGUUAAAAAAAGUUUUUUUCCGAAGCCUGACCUGGCUCCGCCUAAGCGGGCCGGGCUUUGAAGACUCAUAUUUCAAAACAAGCCUGAUUGUAGGGUCUAGAAAUCUUGACAGGAGCUUCCCGCCAAGAUUCAUAGAAAGUAGUCGUGAAAUCCGAGUUUAAAUGAACUUAUUUAUUUAUCUCACUCAAACACAAAAAUACAGAUACAGAAUAGAAAGUAUUUGAGUGAAGUGAAACCCGAUAUACAAACGCCCAACUUCAAUCUGUAUUUCACAGUUCAAGAGCUUCAUUACAGCAAGAAGAAAAUCUUUAAAAGUACAGCAUUCGAAAAGUUGCUCGCAGCAAACUCAAAAUCAAACCCUUCGGCUUCUCCUCAGUAUUUUAGUUUUACUUUGGAAUGCGCCAUCGGCAGCGCCUGAGAAGCUUCUGGCUACUGUACCGUUCGCCGAGCAUAAUCGCUCGAUCAAACACACGUUCCUCAUAACUUGCCAAGGCAUUUUCUCGACUAGCCAAACAGUUUUUCGUCGUCGCUGCGUCUUCUCGUUUUUAAAAAAGACUUUUCUUUAUUUUUUUUUUGUUCGAAUGUUUCUGAAAAUAAUCAACGAUAAUCCCUUUAUCUUUCUUUUUCUUCAUUUUAGGUUUUUUUAACACACUUACUCACAAAUUUUCCAUAGCCCUUGACUUAAUUCAUCAGUUCUAGUCAACUAUAAUUAUUCUUUGGCGAACUCCGAGAAAAACCUCCCCCUUCUCUAUAUUAGGUAUUGUCAUCAAUCUGUUCGAAAACUUAUUCAAGCCAUGAAAUUAUGUAGGCAACGACGACGAAUAGAAAAACCAGAAGCGAAUAUUAAAAUGGGCCUUCUGACGGAAAGUAUGUUGCGAGACCCUUUCAUGCAUCAUUUCAUGCGCAGUAUCUCAAAAAUAUACGACCCGUGGCUUAUUAACGUGAGUUCUGUCUUAUUCAACCGUACUUUUAAUGUUUUAUAUGGCGUGUCAGAAAUUUUUUCGACAAGAUCCGUCAAGUGGACACUAAAGAAUAUCGGCCUCACUUCAGAGAUCUAUGUUCCGAACCUAUAAUGCCCUGAUCCGUUUUGAAAACGCAAAAAUAGUCCGUCCGCCGCGACUUGACAGUUUUCGAGUGUCUGCGUCUCUCUGUUCCCUCACCGUCGAGGUCACAGAAACGCGAAAAUAGCGCGUCAACAAGAGAGGGUCGUCGAGAGACGAGGAGGGCGCAGAGAAGUUCCGCACUUUCAAAACUAUAGUCCGUUUUUGGGCUGGACUUCUCUGCGCCCUCCUUAUCUCUCGACGUCUCUCUUAUGUCUUCGUGCUAUUUCCAUGUUUCUCUGACCUCGCCGGUGAGGGAACAGAGAGACGCAGACACGCGAAAACUGUCGAAAGGACUAUUCAAAUGUUGUCCUACUACUGAGAAAAGGCGUUGAAGUGUUUCAUAAAGACUCAAAAGUAGAAGUUAACGGCAUGUAGGAAUGGUUCAUUUAUGAAGAGAAUAGGAAAAAUGAGAAGAUUUUUACUCAUUAAAUGGUGAAAAGAUUGAAGAGAAGAGAUAUUCAGGUAGAAGAAUACAUGGCGCAGCUGCCCAACAACGUGAUUCCUCGAACGAACUCGCCAGGGGAGAAGCUCCGCGAGAAGCAGUUGCUGGUGCAGCUCCCGCGGCAGGACCUCUCCGUCGCCUACUGUCGUCAUCUCUCCAGCAACACCGAGCGCAAGGUCUAUGAAGAGUUCGUCAACGCCCGCAACGAGAUCGCUCUCGACAUCGGCUACGUUUCCGCCAAUCUUACCAAAAGCAUGGUUAGUCUCUCAGUUGUCGCGAAAGGAAAGGUUCAAGUUUUUUGACCGUACAUGAUUUUCCAAAGUUUUCUUCACCCAUAUUUAGUACUUUCGAAGUCUUUUCGGGGACUUUUUAAGCGAGAGCCAUGAAAUCCUUGAUUCAAAUAGCGGUUUCCAGUGUUGUUUUAGGUCAUACUGCGACCCGCAAGUAGUUAUUUUUGAAGAAUGAAUAUCUGCAAAACAAAGAGAUAGAUUGGAUUGGAGACAAAAUACAAAAACGUCUGUUCUAUUCUGAAAAAAAAACAACUAAUAUGGUAGAGAAUAAAAAAAAAGAAUUAUAAAUGAUUCACGGCUGGCUUGUGCCAUCCAAAUAUGGGUCCUGACAGGAAGAGAGACAGUGCCUGGAUGAUGGAGAGCGCAGGCAUGCCAGUCCCAAGCUAGGCGUGAAUCGACUAUACAUAAUAUUUUAUAGAGCUCUAGAUUUUAAAUCAACUUUCACAACCUUAAUCCUGAAAAACAUAGCUAGACCCUUCGAAAUUCGGACAGCUCUAAUGAGAUGGAUCGCAGGAGUGCCACAAGUGCUCGGGAAUACUGGAAGUCAACGAAAUGGCAGUGAUUGCCCCGAAACUCGGCGACUCGACCGGCUGGCAUCCGGCCUGCUUCACCUGCUUCACUUGCGAACAGGUUGGUGCUUCAUCGGCACGAGCUCAACCGGAUCUCCUCUUUUUCUGCAGCUGCUGGUGGACCUGACCUACUGCGUCAAGGACAACCAGAUCUACUGCGAACGGCAUUACGCCGAACUUCACAAACCUCGGUGCUCCGCUUGCGAUGAGGUUCGCUUCCCGUUACUUUACCAAAAAGCCGUGUUGAAAAUUCCUACUUGAUGAUGUUCUCUGUGUUCGAAAAUUGGGAAAACCUUGAUGCGAUUUUUUUUUUUUUUUUGAGUUUCCCCUCGUAACGGUCGUGAAGAGGCACGUGCGUAUUUCAUUUUGAGAUCUUCGGCUUCUCUCAAAUUGAGUAUUAACUAAAAUUUACUGUGUGGGAAACGAACGAUAGCACUCGUUUAUUAUAUAAUAUUUACCUUAUAUUAAAAAUAUAUAAUACUUAACUACUAUACAAAAAGUCUAGAAUAAUCGUUUUACUAACCAACUCUUGGGCACGGCUAUCCUAAAAAGGGUGUGAAGACGUCAAAAAAAUUUUGGCGCGAAAAUUAAAAUCUCAAGUACGUAGCCAAAGGCGAUCCAACAAACAAGUUAUUAACGUUAAAUACUCAGUGGAAUUUGUGACGUAGAAUGACGUAAAUUUAUCCGGAGCGCGCACUUACUUUUUUGUAAAUUCAAAAACUUUGACGCCUCACUCACCUUCCCUCACUCCAUGAGGAAUGCCAUGUGGGGUAAAAACAAUGUACUCGGACCUUGGUAACGCGAACGGGACGCGAAACGGACGUGUCGGGUCAUUUCUAGUGACCACUUUAGUAGCCUUAACGCUCUUAAGUGAUCCCUUGAAUCGCCCAGAAACGUCCGGAGCACGUCCGUUUCGCGUUACUAAUGUCCGAGUAGGCCAAUAAAGCGGGAACAAUGUACGGUAGCGCGCACAUUAAUUGUGUGUAGGUUUACGAAGAUUCCGCUUUCCACAAAAGAAUCCUGGAUCGUGAAUUCUACCGCCACUCCGAUUCAAAAAAGUUCGGAUUCGUUUUCACAACAUUUUUCUCUGGAGUGAACUGUCGAACCCGUAAAAUUUUUACAUUCAAUCACUGAAUGCAGUUGAUUUGUCUCAAAAGUUGCAUAACAAACGGAGAAAGCGCAAGAUGCGUUGAAUAAUUGGCUAUGUCUGCUGUUUGGCUGGUGGGUGUGUUACAGCGGGACGCACGUGAAACCUCACCUAGGCCUCGCCUCCAGGACCACUUCUUAGGCUCUUUUUUCGAGCUCAUCCUUCUUCUCCAGUUUUUCGCAUUCAAUUAAGUUCUAUCUUCAACUUUAAAACUUUGAACAGGUCAUUUUCACUUUUCUAUUUCGGUUUCAUAAGCUUGUUCCUACUAGUUUCGGCCUAGGAAAAGGUUUAAGAUUUCAAAAAAAAAAGAAGCUCUAGAAUAGGUCGAGGUGUCUAUAAAACACUGAAAGAACUUUUUUCGACCCGAAUAUUCAUUAAGAAAAGUUUUUUAAUCCGUUCAAUGAUUCCAGUUUAUGAAAAAAACAUCUUCAGGACCAACCAAAUUGGCCGGGAAUUCUCUAAUCCUAUAUACUCUAAACAUUUCGAAGCGCUUGGAAAGCUUUGUGAACCUUUUUUGUCAAAAACAAUGUCUUCAAAACUAUUAUUUCUGUUUUAAGCUUUUUCGAAGAUUUUUAUGACCCUUUUUAUGAUCUACAGAUAUAGAUCUUCACUUGAGCGGUCAAAAAAUGUUGCUGAAAGUUUUCCAAAUACCCCAAUGUUUUGAAACUCCCAAAGCAAUGCUGACGUUCCGCAUUGGAGUAGUGCGUGUUAGUCUGGUCUGAAUUAGGCGAAGGCUGAUGAUGAAAAAAAAGCAAGCUUGAUGACGGAUGACACUCGGAGUUGCGUGACUUGCAACAAAUCGCUGCACAAUUUUCUUUGUUUCUCGCUCCCAUUUUGGAAUCUAUUCAAAUAUUUCGAAGAAACCUUUUUCUAUUUGUUUGCUCCUUGAAGUUAUCUUUUUUCAAUAGGGGAAUAAGAUGUACCUCCUUUUUAAAAACUCCACAGUUCGAAGUGUAGAAGAAAUUUUAGAAACCUGACAAAAUCAAAAAAAUUCAAUUUAUUUUUAUUAUCCUUUUUAUGUUAUUGAUUAAAAAUUUUUUAAAUUCCCGAAAAAAUCAGUUCCAUCGAUUUCAAAUCAAACAAGGCUUGUUAAUGAACAAAGUAUUCCUAACAACUGAAAAGUCCGGGCGAACCCACAGAAAACACACUUUACAAUAGACUUUCUAGUGCCCACGCUCGUUCGCUAUUGCGAUCCCAGACAAAAUAAGCCAAAGAGCAUUUUUGAAAAUUUUGCAAGCGUUUAUUUUACGUCAAAUCUUCCCGAUGUAUACAUAAGUUGAAUGAAAAGCGCGAAAAUAAACAUUUUGUGAGCUGAAAAUAAACUUGGAUAUUUCUUUUUUUGCUUCAAAAAUUUAUUUUCAUGGAUCUGGACCAGUUCAUUGAUCAACUUCAAACUUAUAAAAGUUAUAUGGCAUCCACACGGAAGUUGCAAAUCACGGGAUCGGUUAUGAAAAGCUAGAUUUUGACCAUAAAUGAUUGAAAAAUGUUUCGAUCAGUUGGCUUUUGGUGUCUGUUUUUUACGUAUAUUGUUACAUUUAUAACUUUAAAACUGUCUGAUUCAUCAUGUGAAACAGGAAAAUCAAAGUUCAAAAGUAUUUGAGCACUGGAAGUAAGCGUUAGGAGAGGGACUCUGUCAACUAGAAGUCGUCAAGUUUUGCUUAUGCUUGAGCGAAUCUUCUUUUGAAAAAAAAAGUUCCAAGAUGUCCAUUCUUGCAUUCCUGAGGCGUUUUUAAGAAAGGCUGUAUCAGUCGAGAUUCGAGGACAAUAACUUUUCAUGGAAUUCACAGAAGGAAUACUUUGUAAGACGGGAUUUCUGCAAAGUGACAUCACAGGCUGCCACUUUCGACGCCCCGCGGCGAACCCCCGGGGAGGCCGGCCACGAGCAUUCAACACAUGCUCCUUGGCUUCGAUUCCCUCGCAAAUCGGCCUUUUGGCUCCGUUUUGCCUUCUUUUCCGAUUUUUUCCUCGUCUCUCGCAACACAUUUUCAAAAAUAGAAGAUUUUCCUGUUAUUUUGCUGCGCGGUUAUUUUUUAACGAACGUAGAUAUUGAUUGAAUUUGAUUAUUUUGUGUGUAGUUUGGUUGAACUAUUUUUUAUUGAGACGUCCUUUGAAAGCUCCUCAUCAAAAAGAGAGAGUCGUUUUCAAUGUGAAAAAUAAAUUUAGCGGUUAUUUGGGUUCAUUUUUUUUUUUGCUAACACUACCCCAGCACCAAAAGUAGUAAAAGAAAUUUCAUCAAAGCGAGGCGGCCAACCAAAACACAAAUCUCGUUUCGCGCCCAAAAUCUCCUUCCGGCUUCUUGUCUUUUUCAAACGAAAAAAAUAAACUACCCUAUUAUUGUCCGGCUGAAAAACUUUUUCCGGUUUUUUUGUGUUACUUUUGUAGAAGUUGUUUACCUGGAAGAAGCCAAUUUUCCUUUUUGUGGUUUCUUUCUUUUCUUUUUUCGUCAUGCUUGAGUUAGAUAGAUCUUGAAAAAAACCGAUCUAUGAAAUAGCAAAAACUAGUUUUUUUCGAAAACAGAAAUAAUAAAAAAAUUGAUAACUUGAGGUUUUAUUUACCGUGUAUUGACUUCUUCCUUUUUUCUCUCAAGGAAAGUUUGUCAUCAAAAAAACAGACUCAAUUUAUCUGGACAAUAAUGUAAUCUUGAUGACUUUCAAAUGUUCUUAAGAAGCUUCAAACUAUUUUCUACGAUUAUAAUUGAUCUGCAAAAGCUAAUUAUCUUGUCAUUAGCAAACGUGGUGAAUGUCGUCACAAUAAAUUUCACAAUAAAUUGUAAUUUUCUGCUUGAGGAAAUUUAAUAAAAUAUUUUUUAAAGCUUUUUCGACCAUAUUAUCUGAUUUUCAUUUCAUUCGGUAUGAUUAUUUAACAACAAGAGCCUGAAAAAAUAAGAAAAAGUGUAAUUUGGACUUGCAGUUGAUCUUCGCUGGCGAGUAUACGAAGGCGAUGAAUAAAGACUGGCACAGCGACCAUUUCUGCUGUUGGCAAUGCGACCAGACCCUCACCGGACAGAGGUACCUUUUUUUUGGGUAUUGUGACUCUCGCCUAGAUAAUAGAGUAGUUUCAAACAGAAGAAUCCCAAAAACACAAGAACACAAAAAUUAAUCCAAAAUAACCUCAGAGGCCAGGUUGAAUCAGUUACAACUAGAGCGUAAUCAACAUGCGAUAAGUGUCUUUUACGGUCGAAAAUCAUCACGAAUAGCAUCUGUCGAAAUUCGUUAUAACUGAGCUCGAAGAAGUUUUCAUAUAGACUUUGACUAUAGAUGAUCAAGUACGACUGUAUUAUAUGUUUACAAGAUUAGAAUUUUUUGAUCAGUCUUCAGAAAAAAAAUAAAUAAAUGAAGAGUUGAUCGUCGGUUCGCGGGGUCGCGUUGACAAAGAAUAACUUGAAGAUCAUCUUUUUUUUUACUUCGGAUAGUAAUUUUGUAAUGUUGAGCGUUCCUACGAUCAGCUCCAUGGUAUAUGAGAGCCUUUGAAAAAUGCUUCGACAAAAAAAUUUUUAAACUUUGCUAAGAGGUUCUCCGAAGUCAUCUGAUGUUUGAAAAAGGGGAAAAUUUACUCGUUUACCUUGAGGAGAGCUAUAACGUCAAAAAAUUUGUAUUGAAGAGUUUGGUGUCCCGGCUAAUAGAUGAAAAUAACGAAAUAUUUCGUUUUAUGUUUCAUUUUAUCUUCGCGGAAAGAUGAGUUAGGUUUAAAGUGUGCCACAUCGUGACAAAUAGCCAACUCUUAUUGUAGGUAUAUAAUGCGAGACGACCAGCCGUACUGCAUCAAAUGCUACGAAGACGUCUUCGCCAACCAGUGCGACGAGUGCGCCAAGCCUAUCGGUAUCGACUCCAAGGUCCUCUAAUUUUUCGAACAAAUUUAUCACUUUUUCAAAAAUAACUUUCUUUUAAUUUUCAUAUUCUGAAUGAGUAUCAAGUAUCGGGAAAAAUAAUUGGAAGGUUUGUAAAGUAGGACUAACUUCAAAGAAACAAGAAGUAUAAAUCAGCCUUUCGACCUACAAAGUUUUCAAGCUUAAAAGCAAAUAGAUGCUUCUCAGUCGGUUAGUUCGCCCUUUUCUCUAGAAUUCUUGUCUUUUGACGAUUUUCUCCUCAAUGCAGUGUAAUACGGUAGGAAGAAGGAUGAAUGAUUUGGGAGAUUUUUGAAAAACCGAUUGCAGGACCUCUCCUACAAAGACAAACACUGGCACGAGCACUGCUUCCUGUGCAAUAUGUGCAAAGUUUCGCUGGUCGACAUGCCCUUUGGCAGCAAAAACGACCGAAGUGAGCUUUUCUUUUUCAUCGCUUUGGGAUUAUCGAGUUAUUUGGAGAAUCUUGAGAAUUCAUCCUUCAUCUCGAUUGUCAUGACACUUUUCUUUGGUUUAUAGAUCUUGACUCAAAAAAAAGUGUCACAUCGGUUGCUAACCCCUACAGGGGCCACUAAAGCUUGCAAAAUUGGGCUUUAUAGGAAUUUUAGUUAGUUGCCCCUAUAGGGGACAGUCUAGUCUAUAAUUUUUAUGAACUAUAAACGAAGAAGCAUUUCCCUGUGAAAAAAACUGAAUAAAUAAAUUUUUUUGAAUAAAAUUGAAAAAAACCCUAUAGGGUCCAUUUGAGCUUUAGAGGCUAAGGGGUCACACCCUAAUUUCUGUAGGCACCAUCUCAAUUUUAUCCCUUUGGGGGCCACUUCUUCGGCCCUUAGAGGGGUUGUUUUCCGCCCCAACCCCUAUAGGUAUUCCUAAGCAUGUUUUCCAGAAAAAUACGAUAAAUCUCUCAGAAUCAUGUUGAUGUUUCAGUUUUCUGUUCGAACUGUUACGAUCAAGCUUUCGCGACACGGUGCGACGGUUGCAAUGAAAUAUUCCGAGCAGGUGAGCGUCGAAGGCACUUUUGAUCGCAACCAACGGGGUUCAGGCAUGAAAAAGAUGGAGUACAAGGGCAAGCAAUGGCACGACAAAUGUUUCUGCUGUGCGAUGUGCAAAGUGCCCAUCGGCACCAAGUCGUUCAUCCCCAAAAACGAAGACGUUUACUGUGGGCCCUGCUACGAAGAAAAGUUCGCGACAAGGUGUAGCAAAUGCAAAAAGGCGAGUUCUUUUUUCUUCUUGUUUUGACAGUGAGAGUUAUGAAGUGCGUAGGAGGAUUUCCCACAUUUGGCAUUGUUUUCGUUUCGAUAAUCAAGUUUCGGAAGGAAAAGUCUUCUGUUCGGUAACUCUAACCAGAAAUUACAGCUUAUAUGUCUCAAAAAGUCAUAUAAAAUCUUGGUCGGACUGUUCAUCCCAAUACUCCUGGUGACAAGGCUGAAUACUUUUUCAGAUUCUAUUUUAUAUUUUAAAAUUCCAUUAAAUUUCUGAAUACAUGGGCAAAGUCGGAAAGGGUGGAAGAGGCUCCAUAGAAAUAUUCCUUUUUUGCUGCCCUUUUGCGCCAUUUUAUUGGCCCUUAUGCACCCUUUUCUUUUUCCAUUAUUUCUUGAGCCUUUGAAAUCCCAGAAAAAAUGGAGGGCUCGAUAAAAGGACCCUCUUUGCUGCCUUUUUGCUUCUUUUCUGAAGCCUUUUUUGAGCCUCUCCCUUUUAGCGGCCAUUAUCCAUCCUUCCAACUUUGCCCGAGAAGUUCUUGCACCCUGGAGAAGCGAAUUUCACUUUUUUUUUCUUUUCUUCUCUAAAGUCGACCCCUUGAAGGUGAUCACUGCUGGAGGCGUGACCUACAAGAACGAGCCGUGGCACCGCGAGUGCUUCUGCUGCACGCACUGCAACACGUCGCUCGCCGGACAGAGGUUCACGAGCAAGGAGGAGAAGCCCUACUGCGCCAAUUGCUACGGAGAGCUCUUCGCCAAACGUUGCAACGCCUGCACCAAACCCAUCACCGGUCUGUUUUUUUCUGGGGGGGGAGGUUAACACGACUGGGAUUUUCUUACCUCCAUCAGCACAAGCUCCGAAAACGUGUUUUUCUACAUUUUCCCUACAUUUAUUCCGUGUAUGGUUCGUGGAGAGCGCAGACAGUCCACGCCCUCUAGCGUUCUAAGCUAGCUGUGAAUCGGCUAUACCUUUUUAUUAACUCUCCUUACCAAUGCUCAAAUUUGGGAGUUCUGUUUUAGUCUCACGACUUGAAAUUUCGCCGAACGACAUUCCGCUGUUCCGCUGCGUGCGUUCCUGAAGCGUCUUUCGAAUCUAGGUCACGUUUUCAAUUGAUUGUUGUUGCUGUGGGAGCACAUGAAAGUAGAGUACCUUGAUACAAGAAAAAAAAAAUUAAAAACGCGACCAAGGUUCGCAAAGGCGCGCAGCGGCACGCGGAAUGUCGUUCGGUGAAAUUCCAAGUCGUGGUAAACAGGCUAUACCAAUUUUCAAAAAGCAUUAUUCUCGAAAGCCUCCCUCAACAUCUUCUUAUCAGGUAUCGGCGGCGCCAAGUUCAUCUCGUUCGAAGACCGACACUGGCACAACGACUGCUUCAUUUGUGCGCAAUGUACGACUUCUCUUGUCGGCAAGGGUUUCAUAACGGAUGGUCAUGAGAUUCUUUGUCCAGAAUGCGCCAAGGUGACUAGUUUCAGGCUUGAACCACUAAAAUUGAUCGUUUCAGGCGAGAUUAAUGGCCGCCAACUCCUGA